AUGGCUGCCUAUGGAGCGCCAUUGCGAGAGCGUUCCAACUUUGACUCCAUUGAAGAAGAAGAUGCUGACUUGCUGUUCAGUUCAGUACAGGAGAUACUGAAGGCAGCAGUCAUGACUGAUGCAGACAUCCUCUCAGAAACCUUUGACUUACUGAUGCAGACUGCUAAAGACCUGACUGCAAAGCUGUCUGGCUUGGUGCCGGAUGGGCUGUAUCUCCCAGCACCGCCUCUGUAUUGCCCCCAGCCUGCUUUAGACACUGAGGCUGGUGCAGUGGAUCUGGCACUAAGAGCAGAGCUGGUUUCCCGUCAGAGAGUGUCUGGUGUGCUUCAGAGGGUGCUGCUGCUCUUCAGGGCAGCUCGCUGCUCCCUUCCAUCUGCACAGUGGUACAUCCAGAAACUAAAACACAGCCGCAAAAUCAUGAAUAAGAUUCGACUUAAGGGUUCUCAGCCUCAGUUGAACUCUUUCACAGACUCUCUGCUUAAAUAUGCAAGCAGAAGAGGUUUCUUCAAGCCAGGACCCAGUGGAGAUCAGCAGUCUGUCCCAGUGUCAAUCCGUGCAAUAAGUACUUUCCGAGAACUUUGCAGCCUGUGCUGGAUGUUCCAUGUUCGAAAACGAUUAUCAGCAAGCUGUAGGAAAUACCAGCUUGCAAGGAACAGUGCGAGGGACCCAGAGGGCUAUGUGGGAGCUGUGGAGUAUGAUGCUGGGGUGGCGGAGCACUGUCUUGAUGCUCUGGAGUGGGCUUAUCGCUUGCUGCCCUUUGCUAGGUUUAUGAACGCUGAAGAAAUCACUCAAGAUGUAAUCCUAAGCCUCGUGGGGGAACUGCCUCCAAUACGGAAGGUGGCAGAGGUCCUUGUGAAAGUGUUUCCUGAGCAGGAGGAGUCUGUACGAGUUCCACUGAGGGAAAAAUAUAACUUGCAACAUCUAAGGCAUUCCACUGUCAAAGGUCCUGAAAGAGAAGAAAUGAUGUCAGUUGUUAUCCAAGAUCUUCUGAAGCAGAGAUGCAAACAGCUGAAACGUAUAGCCAGAAACAUUGGUCCUGUGGAGUUUCACAUCUGGGAGAGGGAUGAGGAGGGUGUGGCAGAGAAUGACAAUCCCCUCUGUGACAGGUUUUCACUGGGGACCAGCCUGAGCCAGAGCACUUUAACUGACUUUGGGAGACCUCAGUUAUACAGUGAUGACACAGCAGUUACCAUUUCAGAGCAACUGCAAGGAGAGAACAGUAGGGAUGAAGUUAAUAUAAAUGAGAGCAGACACAGUAAACCUCAAAGUAUGGAGCUGUUGCCUGAUAAAAAGAAAGUUUCAGAUAAACUGAACAGAAAAUUAAAGUUGAAUGCUGAAAAAGUUGAAGGCCAUGUGCUGGACCCCCUGGCACUACCUGUAGUGGGAUCCUGGGAGUUUGAAUGUGAUGACGAUGAGUAUGUCCAGUUCUUAGAGCUAUUCUUGAGCUACAUGCUGGAGAAGGGCCUGGUAAAUAACAAAGACCCCAGCAUUCCCUUCCUCGCCUGCUUCUCCUCGCACCUUCGAGAGCACAAGCUCAACUCCCUCCUGUUUGAUGUGCACACCACUCUGAAACGUCGGCAGAACCAGAAGGGCAGCAGCAAUAUCUUCAGAGCUGGCAGUUGCUAUCACCUGGUCCCGGGACCACCCCCUGCUCCUCUGGGGAAACCAGUGUCUGUGCACAGCGAGACCUGGAGUGCACAGUCAAGCCUGAGACCAUCUAGUUCUAUGGCAGAUCCAUCAAAAACCAACCUGAAUACUAAUCUGUAUUUCUCUGGCGCUCAUAAAGGCAAACAGAAAGGAUGUUUCCCCAGAAUCAAUGCCCACCCCAAGAUCUGUUUCAUUGUACAGCCAAAGCACGUGUGGUCCCUUGUGCGCCACUCCCCGGACACCUCAGACCGAAGCCUACGUUUUUAA